AUGGCGAAAGACCCGCUCGAGUCGUCGACGAAGCCGCAGGCGGUCCCCUCCUCGAGGGACUCUGGCCGCAGCUCGCCCUCGCAGUCGAUUGCGCAGUCGAUUCCCCGCGCCGAAUCGACGGCAAGACUGGCGAGCUCGCCAGUGCCGUCCUCUAUCCAGUCUCGCACGCCUGCGGUUGGUCAGGUCCCGACGCCUGCGCAGCUCGAAGACGUCUCUCCUGUGCCCAUACAGACUCCGCUGCCUGGCCGCGCCGAGCAAAAGGCGUCGCUCCCAGGGCCGGGCACCUCAGCCCUGUCCUCGGCCCUCAAGGAGUCGCUCGGCAAAAGCCCGCCCAAGUUCGCUGCUACGUCGUCGGCCACGCCGCAGUCGCCGGCCAUCAGCGCCGCUGCGCCUGACCGCAAACCCCCCAGCAACUUCGGCUCCUACGACGGCCGCGGUCGCUCGCCCGUGCCCUACGAAGACCCUGAGAUUGUGCGCCGGCACUUGGUGGGACAGUAUGGGUCGCCCAGCAGAUCGGCCCGGGGCGGUAUCGACGACGAGUCUCAGAGCAGGAGAGGAGACGAGGACGAGGACGAGGAGUUCAACAGCCUGCAGCUGCAGGGCGGCGACAUCACGAGGCAGAUCUACAGGUGGAGCGAACAGCAGGCUGCCGAGGAGCGCGGCAAGAUGGCCCGCAGUAAGAGCUUCCACGCCUCCCGCACAAACGACGACAACGACAUCAGCGCUUCGUCCAUUCGACAGCCCGGAGGCUUCCGUCGCCAGUAUCUGCGCAAGAACGCACCCAGCCCGUCGCCUGCACCUGGCCCCUCUGGCUACGGUACCAUUGGCGAACCCGCCCAACAACGGCCCCAGCCCUUCACUAGCAACUUCCUUGAGUUCUUGACCCUCUACGGCCACUUUGCCGGCGAGUCGCUCGAAGACGACGACGAGGUUCUUGGCCCAGACGAGUACUUCUCUUCCGACGCCUUCGACUCUGGCGAGCACUCUGAAGACGACCGCGAGUACGGCGAAUCGAGUGGCCUUCUACCUGCCACGCCUGGAAAGCGGAGGAAGAGAAAGCCAAAGCCAGAGGGCAAAGGCACGCCAACGGGUGCCGCCCUGCUCUUGCUCAAGUCGUUUGUCGGUACUGGUGUUCUCUUCCUUCCCAGAGCGUUUCUCAACGGAGGUAUGGCUUUUUCCAACGUGGUUCUGCUGGCUGUGGCAGGUCUGUCAUACUUCUGCUUCGUUCUUCUUGUCGACACCCGUCUGGCUGUCGAAGCUUCGUUUGGUGACAUGGGCCUCCAUCUGUACGGAAAGUGGAUGCGCAAUCUGGUCAAUUUCUCCCUCGUCAUUUCGCAGAUAGGCUUCUCCUCCGCCUACAUCGUCUUUGUCUCUGAGAACCUCCAAGCAUUUGUCUUGGCCGUCACAAAUUGCGCUACAUUCAUCGACAUCAAGUACAUGAUCUUGAUGCAGAUGGUCGUCUUCCUGCCAUUAUCGCUCUACCGCAACAUCAACAACAUCCAAAAGCUCGCGCUUAUUGCUGAUGCUUUCAUCCUUUUGGGUCUUGGCUACCUGUAUUACUACGACUUGUUCACCAUCGUUCACCAAGGCGGCAUCUCCGACAUUGCGAACUUCAACCCCAACGACUGGACACUCUUCAUCGGCACCGCCAUCUUCACGUUCGAAGGUAUUGGCCUGAUCAUCCCCAUCCAAAGCGGCAUGAAGGAGCCCAAGAAAUUCCCCAAGGUUCUGGGAGGUGUCAUGAUUCUCAUCACUGUCGUCUUCGUCAGCGCCGGAGCCUUGUCCUACGCCGCGUUCGGUUCCAAGACCAAGACCGUCGUUCUGCUCAACAUGCCGCAGGACAACAAAUUUGUCAACGCUGUGCAGUUCAUCUACUCUCUCGCCAUCCUCUUCUCGACACCACUGCAGAUUUACCCAGCUAUCGAGAUCACCAGCCAGCAAUUGUUCAGUAGGACGGGCAAGUAUAACCCACUCAUCAAGUGGAAGAAGAACUUCUUCCGCUUCUUCAUGGUCGUGCUGUGCGCUUGUAUCGCGUGGGCGGGCGCUGGUGACCUUGACAAGUUUGUCAGUCUCGUGGGUAGCUUUGCUUGUAUCCCGCUGGUCUUCAUCUACCCCCCCAUGCUGCACUACAGGGCUGUUGCACGGACGAGAAUCGCACGCAUCUUGGAUGUCCUCAUGUGUAUCGUCGGAGCGGUCGCCAUGGUCUACACUACAUCUCUCACCAUCCAGAGCUGGGUUGCUGGAGGUAAACCCAAGGCCCCCGGGUAUUGUGACGGUCGAUGA